CAACAUUCUACUAUUGUAAUCAAUGUCGUGAAAAAUUCAAAUGUAAGAAAACAGAAUCAAAAAAAGAUAAAAGUGAUCGUGAAGAUUAUUAUAAGAAAUUUGGAGUUCUUUAUGUGAACUUUGUAACGCUUGUCAUUGGCAUUGUAAAAAUAAAAAAUGUACAAAUUGUU